AUAAGUAUUCCAGCAUAAGAGUUAGUGAUAAAAAAAUAUUUUAAAAAUGAAAUAUCAUAAAGACAACCAAUCUAAAGACGAAUCCAAACUUUCUGUUCCCAAGACGAAAACCCCUAAUAAUGAUACAUUAUCUUUUCUACAAAUGAUUUUUCCUCAACAAGAUAUAAACGUUUUGAAACAUAUUCAGGAAGAAUAUGGAAAUGGUUUAGAGAAAGUGAUAAAUGAAAAUCUGGAUAUGAUGGAUGAUGAUAAGAAUCAAAAGUCCUUGAAUGAUUUGCUUUCUGAAAAUUUGUCUGAAAUUCCAAAGACAAAAUGUAAAAAACGUAAAAAUAUACAAAACAUUUCGUUAAAUGAAUGGUAUAAAUGUAAUGAACCUCGGGAAUCAAUGGUAGAUAUUAAUGUGGAAUCUGGUUUAAAAUGGAAUGAUAUUAUUCCGAAUAUCGAAUGGCUCGUUGACAUUUUUAAUAUCCCUAGGAAACAAGCUGCAUCGAUUUAUCACCAAUCUUCGGUUUCUCUAUCAAAAUCUGUAUAUACUUUAUUAUCAAGUGAUUACAUCAUAAAAAGAAUCAACGAAUCGCUCGCCAUGCUACAAAAUGAUUAUAAAAACAACCUAAAAGAAUUGAAAAAACAAUUCCCAUUUCUAGAAGAACAUAUGUAUAGCAGAAUAUUACUUUCAGUGGAAAAUAAUCUUCCAAAAGCAAUAAGUGUAAUAAAAACGAUUCAACGAAGUCCUGUAUAUAUCAAAAACCAAGAUCAAACUUAUCAUUCUAACACAUCCUCUCCAAAACGUCACAAUCACAAUCACAUUAAUGACAAUGAUAAAUCGAAACUUAAUCCUUCUUCCGAUGAUAUGAUACAUACCAACUACACUCUUGAGGAGUGUAAAGCCAAUUUAUCAAUAUUCAUUUUUAACAGAAAUCAUGCAUUUAAAGAAGCCGCAAAAGCCUAUCAAAAAGCAAAAACACAUGGAUACUACAGAGAUAUGGUUACACAUUAUUCCGAAAAGGCUCAAGAAUAUAAUUCCAAAGUUAAAUUAUGGAGCACCAGAGCUAAAAUGUGUAUGAUACAGAAUAGUUUUCCUAGUUAUCUAAUCGAUCUUCAUGGGUUAACUGUUGCCGAAGCCACUCCUUUAGUUAAAAAAGCUGUUGCACAAUGGUGGUGCCACGAACAAAAACUUCAAACCAAUAUACCCACUCCAUUAGAAAUUAUAACCGGCGCUGGUCUUCAUAGCAAGAAUAAACAGCCUAAAAUUAAACCAUUUAUACUUCAACUUUUAAAUAAAGAAGGUUGGUUAAUUAAAGAAAAACCCGGAAAAAUUAUAGUACAAGGUUUUCGCACAAACGAAUCUCAUACCAAGUCCAAACAACUCACUCUUCGUUCCUAAUUCGCAAAAUAUAUUCCAAAAAAAACGAUAAAUAGAUAAACUUGAA